AGGCCACGUGGUACGUGAGAAAGAACAUCCCACCCACCCGCAAAAACACGCCAUCCAUCGUCAAACUCAAACCCUAUCUCUCUUCCUCUUUAAAUCCCGUUCAUUCUCUUUCUGUCUGACUUUUUUUCUCUCUCUUCGUUCUCAUCCCGAAACCCUAGAAUAACCCCCAAAUUCACAUGAAAUCCAAACCCCAGAAUCUCGUUGGGGUUUCAGUCUCAGAGGACACAUACGUCCUUUGAUGAAUUGUUCGCCAACUAUCCUCAAACCCUAGCCUCGACUUUUGCCCUUUGCUUUCGAUUGCGUAUUCGUACGUAUAUUGGGACAGAGAGAGAAAGAGGGAGGAGGGAUCGUUUGGCUAUGGAGGGCUCUGUGGUGGAGGAUCUCGGAGCCCCAGAGUCAUGGGAGGUCGCCGGUUUGGACGAGGCCAUGAACCGCCUUAUGCUUUCCUCCAACAAAGACUCCAAGCCCCAAGACCUCAACGAUGUCUCGCCUUUGGUUUCCUCGGCUUCUGAUGCUUCUGAUAAGUUUUCCGAGGAUGCCCUCAAUCAAGUCGACCAAUUCCUUCGCGAGGCCUUGCAAAACCCUAGAGAGCGCCUGUCAAUUUUACGGAUGGAGCAAGAUGUUGAGAAGUUUAUCCGUGAUCCUAUUCAGCAGCAGCUAGAGUUUCAGCAGUUGCCCACUUCUUAUUUACGAUUGGCUGCACACCGUGUGGCUCAGCAUUAUUCACUUCAGUCAAUGGUUUUAUUAGAUAAUAAUUUACCUGAUGGCUCUGGUUCCAGAAUUAUUGUCCGUAAAACUUCUGAGUGUCGACUCCCUCAGAUUCGCCUUGCAGACAUACCUGUUAGUUUACCAUCAGAAGAUGGUGGUGUUACUAAGGUUGCAAUAAAACAGAGGCCACAGAAACGGUCACAGACUGCCAACAAUGCAAAUUCAAAUUCGGCAAAAGCAAACAGUUCCAAAACUGUUGAAGAACGGAAAGAAGAGUAUAACAGGGCUCGCGCACGAAUAUUUAAUUCAAGUAUUAAUAUGAGUGGCAGUUCAAGUGGGAAAUCAGAAAGUGAACCAAGAAUGCAGGAUACUCCACAACAUGUUCCCUUGGUGAUGCCAAAGGUGGAAGAUAAGUCAAGUGUUUCUGAUUUACAUUCUGGUAGGGGUUUAAUUGAGUCCUCAACAAGUAGCAGUAGAACAGCUAGAAGUAGGCCAGAGAAGGAGCCAGUUGGGCGGUACAAACCAAAUAAUAGGGUAGCUAUAUUUAGGGAUCGUGAGAUUGAUCGGAAGGACCCUGAUUAUGACCGGAGCUAUGACAGGUACAUGCAAAGAUUCGAUCCUGGGUUUGGAUUCACUGGUGGACCGUAUACCAUCCAGCCUAUGUAUACACCUGCAUUGAACUACAACACCGAAUUUCCUCAACUUGGUGCUGCUCAUAGGCCUCAGAUUUCUACUGAACAUCAGCCUCGGCCUCUUCCACAACACUUACCUGGGCCUUGGGUUGCACCAUCAGUCCCUGCAGGAAUUGGUUAUGGUCAUCCAGAGACUAUAAUCACACCAUUUAAUGCGAAUCAUGUUGGUGCGCGAUCUACAUCUGGCAUAUAUCUGCAUUCAUCCCAGUAUCCUUGUCAGCGCCCUGGAAUGCCCUUUCUCCAUCCUCAUGAACACAUUCACCAACCUUUUUCACAGUCUCAUCAACAGCAACCUGAUGCAAGUUUUGGGUUAGCCCGGCCCCGGUGAGGGGCAGGGGCCGUGCCUGCACCCUGCCUGCUCAGAGUCGAGCAUAAAGUGUGAUGGGCUGUGAGAGCCGCACAUAUUUCAGUUGGCAGGAGUGCAGGUAUAGAGAACCAAGGUGGGCUUGAGUGGAUGGAUCAAUUCUAUGGACAACUGCAUCAUCCAUUCCCCCCUUCCUUGGUUGCAAUGGAAGCUUCUCCCAUCCAUGAUGAAUGAUGAAGAAGCUCUACGUGUUUGGAAAUAUAUCUAAAUCAGCUCUUUUGAGAGCUUUGUUUACCCCUUAUGAUGACGAAGAUGAUGAUCUAGAAGAAUUUUAACAGAGCUGGGAAAGUAUGUGCUCUGCUUGGAUGAAGGCUUUGGUAGUUUGUUUAGAGAGUAAGCAGCACAACAAAGAGCCAGAGGGAGUGCGAAUAGGAAGAUAAAGCUAUUUGUAUGCUUUUGGGAGCUUUGGUCUGCAUCCAGGUUGUUCUGACAAAAGAUCUGAUAGUUUACUUCUGAAGCUUUACUAGAACAAUCUGCAGAAAAAAUUUAAAAAAAGGUCAUUCUGCAUCAUGUAUCAUAUAAACACUUUGGUCUGCAUUUAUUUAUUUUUAUGACCACCUUUGUUUUAUUUGAAUGCGAUAAUUAUCUGUUGUAGCAAUUCUAAAACCCUGGCCAGGUCUAUGAGUCGUUAAACUCUGCAAUCUAGACAUGUUAUUUUUUCAGGCUGCAUCCAAUGAUGUCGCAUGAAUCUAAAAAGUAUUUGGUUAACUGCCAA